UUCUCAUUACGUAGUAUAUAAUCCAUCUUUCAAAUUCUCCUUCCGUCUCUGGGCUCUCAGGAAUUUGAAGCCCAGGAAGGUGGGUUUUCUUCAUAUAAUCCCUUAGUACUGGGCUAACCAACCAUUUAUCUGGCCAGAUAGCUACAGGAAGCUUUGGACAAAGCAAUUCUGCAAUGGCUAGACCCAGGAACAGUGCUGACGGCGAGAAAAUGGGAAGAGGCAGAGGCAGAGGCAGAGCAAUAGCAACACAAGGAGGUGGCAGAGGAAGAGCACUAGCAAUACAACAAGGGAAUCCCCCACAGCAGCGUAAUCCUCGAAGGCCACUGAGAGAUAUUGGAAAUAUCACUGGUCACAUCACAUCAGGAAGCAAUGCUCCAAAAAAUGAAUCUGUAUCAGGGACACAACCUAGUCCUACACAGAAUCCCACUCCUGCUGAAUGCCCAGUAACAAGGGAAUUUGAUGAAACACUGGCCAGUAACCAACAUCUGAUACAGGGGGAUGGAGAACAUGAUGAAAAUGGUAACAGCCGAAUGUAUAAUGAAGUUCAUAAGUCUACUGAACCUAUGGAAGUUUACCCUGAACCCAUGCAAGUUUGUCCAGAACUUAUUCAAGCCAGUGGAAAAACUAAUGAAAUAAUGACUCGAUCCCAAACAACAUUGUUGAGGGAGGAGAACCGAUCUCUUGCAAGGAAGGAUGAGACUUUGGUACCAGAUAUUGAUGAAGCCGAUGCAGAUGACCCCAUGUGUAUUAGGGACUAUGUACAAGACAUUUAUAGCUUCUAUCGUCAAACAGAGGUUAUGAGUUCUGUUCAAGGAGAUUACCUGUCUCGUCAAUUUGAAGUGACUGUAAGCAUGAGGAGAAUUCUUGUCGACUGGAUUAUUGAGAUGCACCAAAAAUUUGAUCUGAGGCAUGAAACUUUAUUCCUGACUGUGAAUAUCAUCGAUAGAUAUCUUUCAAGGCAAUCUGUUCCCACAAGCGAUUUGCAGCUUCUGGGGGCGACUGCAAUGCUUUUGGCAUGCAAGUAUGAGGAGGUUUCUGUCCCCAGCCUUGAAGACUUUGUUGCCAUGUCUGGGUCUAUCAAUGCCAAUAAUGAAAUCUUGAAAAUGGAGAUAUCAAUCCUGACUGCCCUGGAAUUCAGCUUGACUGUGCCCACUCCUUAUGUCUUCCUUAGCAUGUUCCUCCAAGCUGCUGGUUCAGAUGAUAAAUUGGAAGCAGCUGCAUGUUUCCUAAUUGAAUUGGCCCUGGUGGAAUAUGAGAUGGUGAUGUACAGCCCCUCCAUGCUAGCAGCUGCAGCAUUAUAUACUGCACGCUGUACUUUGGGAAUACAUCCAUUUUGGAACCCAACUCUUGAGUUCCACACCAACUGCACCGAAGCUAAUCUUAAAGAAUGUGCAAAGAUUAUUGUGGGUCUCCAUGAAAAUUCAAACAUCAACAGCCAGAUCAACUCUGUUCAUAGAAAAUACAUGAGCCCUAGUUUCUCCCAAGUAGCAACUUUGUCACCAGCCCUGUUUAUUAGAAACACAUAACUGCAUAUAUACUAAAUAUGUAAUGUGUUAGAGAAUUCAGGAUUCGGUUAUAUUUUUCUCUAUCAGAGAUAGUCUCAUUCAUUCUACUCAAAAUUUUGAAGAACCUGAACUCCUCAUAACUGAUAGGAGAAGCCAGGAUGAUAAUACAUAAGUAUCAAGUCCAGCAGAGGUGUGGUUUGGCCAAAAAGGCACAUUUUGACUCUUGCAACUAAUAGUCUGAUGUUGAAUCUGGCACUUAAUUCUUAUUGUU